AUCUCACCUGACUGUCUCUGAAGUAGAGGAGAGCAUUAAAAUGCCAACCAUCACCUCUAAAGCUCACUUUUUAACACGGUGUCACCCAUUUGUUCAUUUCAGUUCAGUUCAAUUCAACUUCAUUACAGACUCAGAGUCCAGAUGAACGACAUGGCAUUCAUUAGAAUAAAUUUUGUACAAAGUUACAAUGAAAGAUCUUGGUUAAAUUGUACGGUAUGCACACAUUUGUUUGCAAUGAUCCCUGAAAUGUGGUUAUCAAACACUUGAAAUGUGAAAAAAAGAUAUUUAACACAGGCAGGAUAUUUGACAGUUAUUUAACAAUAGACUUUGUUUUCUUAAAUGACAUCAGUGCACUGAGACAGAAAGCUUAACUGGGAAUUAUUAUAAAUUGUCUAAACCCUCUUUUUUUGCAUUAUAAUCUCUAUAAUGCAGAUCUAGCCAAAGAUAUGCCGAUACCAAUAUCUCUCUGAUAGGAACAUACCUGCCCACUGGCUCUAAUAAUGAGGUCUCCCAGCAAACAGUGAUUACAUUUCAUGUCAAGUAUGUAUGAAUCAAAGGUACUAAGUGUCACUUUGUGAAGUUAAGUCGGUAGAUUUACUAUUGGAACAUUGGAGAGAGCCAGACUCUGUGCUCCUGCUUCAGGUCUUUAUGCUGAGCUAAGCUAAAUGUCUCCUGACUACCAGCAUUGUAAUCAAGACCAGCUGAGACAAUCAUGACCAAGACCUGAGUGUAUCGAGGCUGAGACUAGUCAAAGGACUUGGAGUCAAGACCAAGACCAAGGCAGGGUCAAGACCGAGACGAUCGGAACCUGCAAACCAUUGGCACUCCUAAAACUGAUCUGAAAGAUCCGCAUUCGCAUGAAACACUCAGUUGACACAUGGAAAUUCAUCUUCAUACACCUCUUUCAUCGCCAUAUAUGCAGUGUAUGUGUCUGUCAUUAUGAAUGUGUCAAAAGGCACUGUGGAGGUACAUUUUAUAUAUUGGGGAAUUUGACUUUUUUCUCUGAGCAAACAAAUACAAACACAAAGGAGCUGAAAUGAACUUAAUCUUUAUUCAACACUCCUUUUCCAUGUUUUACCAUCUUCCAUGGAAACAACUGUGAAGUACAGUAUGUGUCAAGCAAUAUUUGCAGUCACAGUCUUGAAAAAAUUUCCAGACUGAGUGAAAAUGUGGUCGAUUCAUAGAUGAGACAGACAUUCGGAAGUGUAACUGUUGUUUAGGUUCUAGUCUCCAACCACUUAAAGGUCCAGCUAUCCCCUAAGAUGUUCAAGCUCAGUUGAGGGAGCUCUUAUAAAAAGAAACACAGACACAUAAACUGCUCAAGCCAUGACUGUUGUGUUGUGUUUAUCAGCUCAGUCCUUUAGGUGACUCCAGCGCUGAUCAUGAGGUCGAUUAGAGUCAGUCUCCUCAGGCCAUGACCUGACUUCACAUCAGUGAUUGUCAUAAACGACCUGUCUCUCUCCUCAUAAAACAUGUAGUGAACAUCAGUGACCAGCCUUAAUGCGAUUGUCUAUGGAAGUGAACGAAUUACUCCAAUUAAAUUGGAUUUAUAUUACAGACUUAUUACAACUACUGCUGCUGCAGCAACAAAGUCGUGUUCAGUGGGCUGAGGAGAGCAGAGAGAGCGCUCCAAAUCUCCGUGUUGUUUUAUGGUUUUCUUCCACGGGGAUCAUGGGAAAAAAUCCAAUUUGCCCAUUAAUCUCAUCUGGUCAGGGUCUCCGGACCUCCAGAUACACCCGGGCCAGAUCAAAGAUGGAGGAAAUACCAUGUGACAGUGGUACAGAUUUCCCCGAGAGACUUCAAACACACCAUGAUAGAUAAUCCAAUUGAAAUGGACACAUCACCUUUAGGUGCUGGUUUGGGAGAAUCGGUGCGUAAUUUUUCUUCUUCGCCUGUUUUUUUUUUUUUUAAACCAUCAUUCCUGAGUUAUUAGUCGGACUGACUGUUGGUUUGUGUAAAGCUCCAAAAAACUGCGUCAUGCUUUGGAGAUCUGAAAUAUUUGGUACCCAAGUGUCAGUGAGAAAUGGGAAUGGACUCUCACUUUAAAGUAAAUCCAUUUUUUUUUUCAAGCUUAGUCUAUAAAGAUCAGACAGUUACUAAAUGUUUACUAAAUAAUACGAAUAAAAGCCUGGAAACUUUAUUUAGAAGCAGUAAGGUCAUGUGAUGUGGGUGUAGUUUCAGGUCUCAUUAUUUUUCACAUCAGUAAAUAAAAUGCCGGUUCCUGCAUCCAGUGACCACUGUGCAGCCAUCGAAGUCUUGUGCGUAAAAGACGUGCAUCCUGUGCCAAAAAAAAAAGUUCCUAUCUUGUGCGCAAAAGUGCAGAAUCUAAGCGGGUAUGAUGUGCGUUUUCCUGGUGACUGACAUUGGCUGUGUGUCCCCGGGCUUGUUCCCUGAACGCGUCGGUGCAGUUGGAGUGAGGAGCCCAUCAGCUCGGACCACAUCUCAGAGCGGCGGAGCUCCGGUCUGGACGCGGGCCAAGCCUGUCUGGUGUCAAACCAGCCUGAACAGAUACUCUCAGACAUCUCAUUUCUUCACCUCAUUCCUGAGACGGGACUCUGCCCACCCCUUGUGUAAAGCAAUUUAAACCUGAUAGCUCAUCAUCUCCACUGAAAAUAUUUGCCGGACUAAUAGACAGCCGCUCUUUGCUUUUUCCUCAUAAGCGCUUCGCCACCGCGCAGAACCCGAGCCGGUCAUGGCUUUUACGCGCAAACCUCCGACUGUCCUGUGAUGUUAUAUUUUUAAUCCAAGCUCGAUUUGGAGAUUCAACAAGUUUCGACUUCUUUUCUGUUUUAUAUUUUUCUUUCAUCCGUGGAAAUGCUCCGUCCAGAUCCAUAAAGGACCGACGUUUGGUUAAUAUGAACUUAUUGCCAAGUGGAAUAUGUUUUUAUUUAUCGGUGACAAUCUGCUGGCUGACGGCCGGGGUCGAUGCAUCCUGGUGGUACAUGGGCACCCUGGGCUCCCAGGUGAUGUGCGACAACAUCCCUGGUCUGGUGAACAAGCAGCGCCAGCUGUGCCGCCAGCACCCGAAAGUGAUGCAGGCCAUCGGGGCCGGUAUGAAGGACUGGAUCUCGGAGUGCCAGCACCAGUUCCGCAACCACCGCUGGAACUGCAACACCACGGCCAGAGACCACAACCUGUUCGGACGCCUGUUGCUACGCAGCAGCCGCGAAGUGGCCUUCAUGUACGCAAUUUCCUCGGCUGGUGUGGUUUACACGUUGGCGCGGGCCUGCAGCCAAGGCGAGCUGGACUCCUGCUCCUGUGAUCCCACCAAGAAGGGCUCAUCGCGGGACGCCAAGGGCUCUUUUGACUGGGGCGGCUGCAGUGACCACGUGGAGCACGCCAUGCGCUUCAGCCAGGCCUUUGUGGACGCCAAAGAGAGGAAGGAGAGGGACGCCCGAGCGCUCAUGAACUUGCACAACAACCGAGCCGGCAGGAAGGCGGUGAAGCGCUUCAUGACUCUGGAGUGCAAAUGUCACGGCGUCAGCGGCUCGUGCAGCGUUCGGACCUGCUGGCUGGCCAUGUCCGACUUCAGGCGCACUGGCGACCACCUUCGCAAGAGGUACAACGGCGCCGUGCAGGUGGCCGUCAACCAGUAUGGCACUGGGUUCACUGCAGCGCACACACACUUCAAACGACCCAGCAAGAACGACCUGGUGUACUUUGAGGACUCGCCGGACUACUGCAUACGGGACCACAAGUCAGGUUCGAUGGGGACUGGAGGGCGGGUCUGUAACCGGACGUCUCGCGGCAUCGACGGCUGUGAGGUGAUGUGCUGCGGUCGAGGCUACGACACGUCGCGGGUCAGCCGGACCACCAAGUGCGAGUGCAAGUUCCACUGGUGCUGCGCCGUGCACUGCCAAGACUGCCACCAGCAGGUGGACGUGCACACCUGCAAGGGCCAGACGUGACCGGACGCCACUGGCCGACCGCUCGCUACAUGUAUGGGACUGCACAUUUUCCGGGACGUCCCCCCUCGUCGGUGCUCAGCCUUCAUUUCACUGCCCAGAGAUCAGCUGUCAGUCAUCGUAGAUAGUCUGCUAAAGUAAAUAUAGGUGGCGCUCUGUCUUUGCUGCUCAUGCUAGAAAGUAAUCCCCGAAUCACCUCUGUCUGCUGGUUGAUGUUGCCUUCAAAGACUCCAGACUUCAGAGCGGAACACUGAAUAGCUUUCAUCAACAUGUUAUAGGUUAAGAAAGUAGUGAGCUGUACCUUUAUUUAAAUAAUAUGUCAAGCAACACAAACCUGUUCAUACUGCAGUGACUCUACACCCCAACCUGGUCCUCAGAGACUGACGCGGCUCUUGUUUUAUGGAACUGACAUCUAAUGUAUAAACAUGUCAUCAUUUGGAAAGCUUCCAGCUCUCCACACUGCGCUACCUUCAGUUAACCUACAGUAACGGUACCAGUCUAGACCUGAGAGCUCAGCUGGGACGAUCUCGCCAUAUACUGUACAGGGAUAUCAGCAUAUUGCUGCCAGUUCUAACACUUGUUUCACCUGCAGUCAGUGUCAGUCACAGACGGAACUUUUCAUAGCUUCAGUUUUGUUUGUUGUGGUUUUACAACUAACAUGAAGACCUGAUCCAGUGUUGCACUGUAAUCAUUGACAGCAUGAGAUGAAUGAUACAGCCUAAUAAUGGAAAAAAAAAGAUGAAUAACCAUAGUGUUUAAAUUACAGCAGAAAGGCUUUCCUUGCCUGUAGGUGGCAGCUUCAACAUAUCUGCAGCGGUCUUUAAGAGGUGCAGGUGGGAUCUGAAAAUGAGCUUCACCUGGUUUAUUUCCACGUUUACUAAAUUUAUAUGACCAAAAGCUUCUAACUUGAUAAAUGAACACAGUAAAGAACAAAGAAGAUGACCUCACAUUUGAGGACGAGCGUGUCCAGUUGCAAAGUCUACUUAAAAAAAAAAAAAAAUGCUGUAAGACAUAUAGUAUUCUGUGGACUCAGUCACUGUUAACGUAAGUCUAAAUCCAUCCAGCACACCAACAGACACGUUAGUAUGAGUUAGAAGGACGACUGCAGCCCGAAGAAGCCGUGUGUCAACACAUCCAGACCAGCUGAAGUUUAAUCACUUCAACAGCCUGCUGUCAUGUUCUGCAGAGGUGUUAAUCAUCCAUCAUUUCUUCUCAUUUCACUGUAUUUAUUUACUCUCCAGUGUGUUUGUGAUGUCCUGACAGAACAGGUCACAGGAGUCUGUAACUCACCUGCUCACCUGAGACGACAGAUACAACCGGCAAAACUUCAUCACACACUGUGUCCAUGUUUAAACACGACAAAGAGUUGACACACUCGUUGCAAAUCUCUCAGCAAAACAUGUAAACCAGGCAGGCCUUUGUUUGUUUGUUUGUUUAUGUAAAUAUGUGGUUGUGUAAAUUAAAAUCAGAUGUAUAGUGUAAGGAACCAAUACCUGUAAUCAAUACACACUGUUUAACCAAUAAACACUCUUUCACUUUC